AUGAGUACCAGACAGUUUGUGUCUAGUCUAAUGAGUACCAGACAGUUUGUGUUUUGUACAAUAAGUACCAGACAGUUUGUCUCCUGUACAAGUACCAGACAGUUUGUGUCCUGUCCAAUAAGUACCAAACAGUUUGUGUCUAGUCCAAUGAGUACCAUACAGUUUGUGUCUAGUCCAAUGAGUACCAGACAGUUUGUGUCUAGUCCAAUGAGUACCAGACAGUUUGUGUCUAGUCCAAUGAGUACCAGACAGUUUGUGUCUAGUCCAAUGAGUACCAGACAGUUUGUGUCUAGUCCAAUGAGUACCAGACAGUUUGUGUCUAGUUCAAUGAGUAAAAGACAGUUUGUGUCUAGUCCAAUGAGUACCAGACAGUUUUUGUCUAGUCCAAUGAGUACCAGACAGUUUGUGUCUAGUCCAAUGAGUACCAGACAGUUUGUGUCUAGUCCAAUGAGUACCAGACAGUUUGUGUCUAGUCCAAUGAGUACCAGACAGUUUGUGUCUAGUCCAAUGAGUACCAGACAGUUUGUGUCUAGUCCAAUGAGUACCAGACAGUUUGUGUCUAGUCCAAUGAGUACCAGACAGUUUGUGUCUAGUCCAAUGAGUACCAGACAGUUUGUGUCUAGUCCAAUGAGUACCAGACAGUUUGUGUCUAGUCCAGUGAGUACCAGACAGUUUGUGUCUAGUCCAAUGAGUAUCAGACAGUUUGUGUCUAGUCCAAUGAGUACCAGACAGUUUGUGUCUAGUCCAAUGAGUACCAGACAAUUUGUGUCUAGUCCAAUGA